AUGGAGGAUGGGGGUGAUGACAUUGUUGUUGAUGUGGAGGAUGAGGGUGAUGAAGGUAUUGUUCAUGAGGGUAUAAAUGUGGCUGAGGAGGAUGACGAAGGUAUUGUUCAUGAGGGUAUAAAUAUGGUGAUGAAGGUGAGAAAGGAAGAUUGCUCUCUGGAUGUGGUUGUUUUAGCUAGUGAUGAAGUAGUGGGUGUGCUGGGUAGUUUCCGGCUGCUCGACGAAAACUUUGUCAAACUUUGGAAAAGUUUACCAAAAGGGAAAAUGGGGAUAGAUGAAAGGAUGUGGCUGGAAAUUGCAGAGUUUCAGAGAUAA